UUUUGUUUGCGCAGAUGCUUUCUGAAACCACAGAUUUUAGCCGUUUCGCUCAAACCAACGACUCCAACUACAUGUUUGCGCACACUUUAUAUUUGCGUAAAUGUUCUGUUAAUCGCAACCUUCGACCUGCGCAGAUGGUAUGUGCGCAAAUAUAUCGUUGCGCGUGGAAGGGCGUUUACAAAGUAACUGUUUUACGGAAAUAGUGACUUUGCGGACGGAGAAGGAUGUCUCGAACCAAGCUGGAAAUAAUAGAAACUGAAUAUUAAAGCACUAGUCCAGUGUCAGAAGCUAACAUUGGUAUUUUGAAUUAGUGUUCAAACUUUUUUCAUGUCCAGACAAUUUUUAGAAACUUGACAAGUUGGUUACAAAACUUACGGAAAUUAUAGAAUGGUAUACACAACUCAAAAGUCAGCUUCAGGGGCAAAAAAUGCUUAUUAGAUGCUACAGUAAUCUGAACAGUUGUAAUCUAAUAUCAAAAGUAGUUAGGUGCAACUGAAGGAAGCAAUUGUAAACGCCGGAAGAGUACUCGGGGAAACACAAUAUAGAAGGCUGUGAAAUUACUCCAUAUUUACAUUUGCAUGCAGCAAUAUACUAGUCGAACGCCAUUUUUUGUAUAUGUUGUUAUAUAUUAUUUGAAGAAAAGUAUUCGAAUUUAUAAAAGAAUUGGAAGUUUGUGGUCUAGUUCAUAAUCUGUUUUAUAACUUAUCGUAUGUGCGUUCAAACGAACUACAUUUUUAUUGCAAGUGGUAUUCAGACAUGCGCGAUGACACCAGUCUGAAGAUUGAAUAAGCAUCUUCAUAGAGACGACUUCCUGUCUUUUACUAGUUGUGGCUGAUGUAUUUUAUAUGUGUCAAAAAUGGUGGAAAUAAGGACAAAAUGGGAAAGAAGUAGAAUACUUUAUUCGGCAAAUCAUGACAGAGGCACAUGAAGAUGGCAACUACUUGGUUAGAGUGCGUGCCCAGGUGAUGAUGCGUGACGACAGCACGGGUGGAUGGGUCCCUAUGGGAGGUGGGGGCUUAUCCAACGUGUCUGUCUGCAAACAUGCUGUACCUUGUGAUCUUGGAGAGAACAAACACGAAUACCUUAUUUAUGGGAAGCGUAUUUCCGAUCAGUCAGUAGUCUUCAGUUGCACAAUCAAGAAAGAUUUCGAGUACAAUAAAGUAAUGCCUACAUUUCAUCACUGGAAAACUGGUGACAAAAAGUUUGGACUCACUUUCCAGACUGCAGCAGAUGCUCGGGCUUUUGAUAAAGGAGUUAGAACUGCUGUUGAGGAGUUACUUGAUGGUCUGUCUGAAUGCUCACCCCUUCACAAAUACAAUGCAGAUGUAGGAGACGAUGAUGUAUUUAUGACGCUGAAUCUGCCUGUGGAACGUGGAGAUUCACGUUCAUCAUCAGAUUCUUCGACAACACGCGGAGGAAGUCGUCAUGCAACGCCACCAACGGAACCCCACCAUCUACAUCGCAUACAUUAUGUGACCCGAAGAACUGCGGGAGGUCCGGCGUCUGGCACUCCCACUGACAGACAGUCACAGACUCCAGGUCUGCCUUUGGAGCCCUCAAGUCCACCACCAGUGACAGAACCAGCGACCAAGGAAAAUUACUCAUAUGUGCAGUUAACGGCUGUGCACGAGUAUAUCUAUCCUGUUGUGGAGGAACGGAAACACCGUGAUUCCUCUGGCAGCCUCAAGAAACGCAGCCCACCUGACGCCGGAGGUGGUGGUGCACCAGCCUCUCCACCACCACCAAUUCCACCUCCAGGGGCUGUCAGCGGAAAAGGUCGUGGAACUAUUGGUGUAACUUCUGGUAGGCGUAGGCGUUGCCGUCACUGCCAAGAAAUGUAUCUGGAGGACCACAAUCCCCGUGGCAGCUGCGAGUAUGCACCCGAUUGUGUGCGUACUAGUAUUGAAAGAGUGGCAUGUGUUUCCUGUGCGCAGUGUCUCGUGUACCAUUGCGCAGCAGAUGCAGAAGGUGAAUUUGUACGGCAUCCUUGUGAUUGUGGUCGUGAUGAAGGCUGUGGACGGCGUUGGGUGGGCCUAGCUCUGCUGUCGCUGUUGGUUCCCUGCCUAUGGUGCUACCCUCCUCUCAGGGCUUGCCAUUUGUGCUGUGUAGCUUGUGGUUUGUGUGGCGGUCGUCAUCGACCGGCUUCCUAGCCCAGCCCACCCCCGCGCCUUCCAAAGGUGCUGUUGCCCUAAAGGGCUUUCAAGAGAUUGCAGAUUUGUGAGACUUCCUUCUCCUUGAAUCAGAAUGCCCAACUGGCUCACAGGGAAUUUUAGGGAAAACACCAGUAACCAGUGCCAUGCCACAGUUACUGAUGGCUUUUCAUUGGCAUCUUUGUUCAGUAGUCCAUAGGAUGUUGCCCCUCUUACAAGUAAAAAGUUGAGGUUCACAGUCCUCAGUGGCGGGCUCUGUAGACACAUAGGUGACACUGCUUUGUUUAAGGUACCCCUUGUGUAAUUGCCAGGAGUUGUGCGAUAGGUUAAUGUUAAUGUGAAGUUGCUAACAAGUGCCACAGAAGAAAUUGUUGUGACAAAUAGGCUGAUCCCCAGAUACUGUGCAGCGACUUGCUUUGUUAUGGAAUUGUGUGUCAUUUCCAAUUUGCUGAAAUAUCUGUGUAUAGUUAUUGUGGCCUGAAGCUGCACAGUUAUGUUAAUCACUGAGUACAGGCAAGACAGUGUGGUGUGCCAAAGUGAGAAUGUUAAACUGUAUUUUCCAGUUACACGUACAGAUGAAAAUUUAUCCCACCGGACAGGUAUUACAGUCAGCAACUGUCAGAUUUAUUGAAAGAUGCACUUGAUAUGGAAAUCGUUAAAAUAAUGUGAAUACCAUUGUACCAAGGGGAAGUUGUGAUGGGUUUGACUACAGUCUCCCACAAGAAUGUUGGUUUCACUCAUGGUAUUACCAAAGAAAAUGUAACUGCCACUAAUUUUUCUCGUAGUUUUGUAUACAAUUGAAACAAUUGCAGGAUAAAUAUUGGCCUAUUGGAUACAGAAUGUGGGUGCAGAAAUAUUUGUCAACAUGCUGCUAUAAAUCCACUUCUGUCACACAAAUUAUCCUGCAGUUGAAAUGGUGAAUGUUCUUUGUGUUAACUACUUUGAACAAAAGUAAUGGAGAUUGUGUUGAUUUUUAACCUGAAAUGGAGAAAAAUUCUAUUUGGUCUGUAUUGUCAUAAAAACAACACUGCUCAUAUGACCUGGCUUGUCGUAGCAGCACUGUGAUUCAUCUCCCUCUUCAUUUGGUAUAACAGAGAAAAUAUAAUUUAUUGUAUGUGUGUGUUUUUUUUCUUCAUGUGGAAUUUUUGCAUAUGAAAGGAAAGUGAUUUUCUGUAUCCAGUAAAUUGUAUCGUUGUCAUCCAGCACAUAUAUUUUGAAGUGCCAGUCUCUCUCUCACCCCCCCCCCCCCCCCCUAUUAUCUUGCACCACAGUUCCUGCAAUCUCCUCUGUCCCUGCAAUCUCCUCUGUCUCCUCCCACUGUGGCUGUCUGCUGCCCCUUCUCGCCCGUUACCAUCUCCUGCCCCUAUCCUCCUCCUCAACUCUCUUCCACAUUGUUUCUCGCCCCUCUUUUCCCACUUCCUCUUCCCACUCCCCUGUCUCAUGCUAUCAUCCAUUCCUUUUCCAGCUCUGACUUCAUGGCAUCCCAUCUAUGCCAUUCUUCUCUUCCAUUUCAUUCCCUUCCCUUGUAUCACUUCCCAACUCCUUUCUUCCCACUUAAUUUUCCCCUCCUCUCCAGUUUCUCACCUGCUCCCAGUCUAUCUUCACCAUAGUCCCAAACUCACUCCUUCUGCCUAAGUAUAUACCCUCCUCAAUCCAACUAUACCAUCCUGCUUCCCAUUGUGCCGUCUCCACAUUAGGUAAUGCAAUGGAGGCUCUUGUCACCAACCUGCUCAUAUGACCUGGCUUGUCGUAACAGCACUGUGGUAAGACAGCAACUUCCUUAAGGAGCUGUGGAGGAGUGACAAAAGAACACUGUCUGCUUGCCCAUAUUAUCAUAAGCAUGCGUUUCAAAAGUGGCCAAGUAAACUCUAAUGCUUGUGUGUACCAAGCUUCCUCCUAAUGGCCUAAUUAGUGCCAGAAUAAUUGAUACCAUUUAAUUUCUCAUUAGACUUAGAAAGGCACAUGGAUUGUUGGAUUAUGUAUUGAUAGACUUUUUGGGGAUUUUAACAGCAAGAUAGUAGCAAAAUAAAGUGUGUAUAAAUAUUGCAUGUGAAAAGGAGAAGAAAGAAAAAGUAAAUUGUGUAGAAGUUUUGCCCUCUGAUGAAAGGCAGUUACUGACUGACAAAAAUUUUGCCACAUACUAGUACCAGUUCUGAAAGAAAUCAAAAGUAUUAUCAGAGUUCAUUGUUCUGUGAAGAUAUGACAGUUAAUUUUGAAGUAGUGUUUCCUGGAAGGAACUAUUAUUGUAUAUUGAUCAGGCACUCUGAAUAAUCAUUGGAGUUAAUAGCAGUUUAAUUAUUGUUCAGGAUCAUUGGCUUACCAAUUGUUUUACUACGAAAUAUUCCGAAUUGUUUCCUUAUGUGGGAACAUUUGACGUAAAAAAGUUUUUCAAACCUUAAUAGGUGAUGACAAUAUUGUGGCAGCAUAGAGAUGACAGUUCACUUUGCAAAGGUAAGUUUUCAACUUAGGCAGGCAAUAUUUGCUGUUUCAUGAAGAAUUAAUAUGAAUUGAUGUUAAUUAUUUUGUAUUCUCAUUUAAAUUAAUAGUUUGAGUUGCUGCAUUUCUAUUUAUUUCAUUCAGCUUUUGCGACACGCACUACUUUAAAUUAGAAAUUCUGUUAUCUGCCGAAACAUCUUUAUGAGAAAGUAAUUUGUUUGUGGGACACGAAAAAUGAUUUUAAGGUACAGCUGACCAAACGUGGUGAAGUCUAUUUAUGUAUACUGAAAUGAAGUACACAAGAGAUUGGUGUAUUACGUGCUGUUUUAUAUAAUCUGGUCAAUUGUUGAAAGGUUUGUAGUAAAUGCUGGUUACUUUGUUAAUUCUCUCUCUCUCUCUCUCUCUCUCUCUCUCUCUCUCUCUCUCUCUCUCUCUCUCUCUCUCUCGUGCGUGUUUAAAUUAGUGAAAGAUGUUAAUAACUGAGCAGUUUUAGUGCUUAUUCUCUGAAUGUUUAUGUUGUUGAGUCUCCUUUCCUUCAGCACAUUGUACUUUGUGUACUGUUUUUCGAAUUUCUGGGACCUCUAGUAUCUUUUUGAUACCUUGUAUUAAACUUUUACUUUUUCCUUCAAUAAUUCUGUUUACUCUCAUUGUUAUCUUGUUAUAUUUGUUUGGUGUUGCUUAGUUUUUAUCUGAAUUUUAGUUUUGAAAAAUUUAUUUUAGUUAAUAUUUGUAUAACUUUUCUUUAUUGAUGACAGUGAUGUGUGUAGUGACAAUCAGAACUAUUAUAUCUGCUUUUUUGGGGGGAGGGGGAUACGUCAGUAAUUAAUUGAGGACAACACGUUUUUCAUCAAACAUCUCAUCACAACCUCUUUCAGCGUCAUAUAACUAUUCUUGUAUAUGGUGAAGUAUGCUUAACCAUUUCUUCAAAAGACGAUUUGUUAAUCAAUAAUCUUAUUAUUUUGUCACGGAGAACUAAAGAAUUGGUUGGUAGUAUUAUUUUGCAUUGUGGUGUGUCUGUAACACUUCUUAAAAUGUCAGUAUCAGUGUCUUAAUGUAUGAUCUUAUUAUCUUUGCAGUGUUAUUCUUAUGAAAUCCAUUCUGCUGGCUUUACUUUCAGCUUUGAUGAAUAGUUGUUUAGAUGUGCCUUCAUAGUUACUUGAUGUUGGGCUGGGAAAAAAAAUGUGUACAUGAGCCCACUCUGUUCUGUAGAACUUGGUUUUGUUUUCUGUAAUUUCUCCUAUUAUGUUAGUUUUUACCCACAUUUUCCCAUCAAGUUUCUUAAAUGUGUGGGCAUUAGUACUCAUUUUCCUUAAAGUAAAAUUUGGAGUACCUGCUUGCAUUGAAGUGGAACAGAACACUCAUUUUUUUCAACACUAGUAAAUAAUGAAUAAUCCAUACUUUAAUUUUCAAGGAAAGUGUACAAAAUAUUAGAAGAGAUGGUCAUGAGGCAAUCUCCUUGGAAUUCACAAAAAAAUUACUUGAGUGGUGUAAUGUACUUUCACGCUCUUUUGUGUGGUGCAUGAUUCCCGAUAAUUGAAAUUGUGGUAUUAUUCAGCGUAACUGGAUUAAAUCAAUUAGUUGUCAAGUGUGUCACUUUUUGGUUUAUUUAAACAGAAUGUGCAGUGCAACAAAAUAUCCAACUCUUGCAACAAAAUAUCCAACUCUUUUGACAGAUAAAUAAUAACUUUGUUUGGAAGUUUGUUUCCCUUCCUUUUAUUUUGAGUUUUGUGAUGACUGAGUAGCAGCCGUCAAAAUUAUGAAUUAGUGUAACAAAAAUAAUUAUUACAAAUGCAGGAAAAAUCUUUUUCUUUUCAUAUAAAUGCACAGGAUAAUGUUACUUUAAAUACUUAAAUAGGACUGUAGAAGACUGUGGAAAAGUUUAAAAAUGACAUAUGUUAGAAGUCUUGCAAAUAUUGUUGAAAAGGAAGUGCUAAAUUACUAAAGUACAGAAGAAAGAAAAUGACUUACAGGAGGUUAAGAACAAUUACCACCACCAGUUUAAGUUCCAAAAAUGCAGAGCUGGAAAUUUUUUGUAAAUUUAAAAGAAAACUUAGAUAAAGCUUUAACAGAUCUUAAAUUAGAGAGAGAGAGAGAGAGAGAGAGAG